CAUGGCUUUGCUCAGCAACAUCCUAGCGGCCUAUUCCUUUGUCUCAGAAAAUCCCGAGCGAGCAGCUCUGUACUUUGUCUCCGGCGUGUGCAUCGGGCUGGUGCUCACCCUGGCUGCCUUGGUGAUGAGGAUCUCUUGCCACACGGACUGCCGGCAGCGUCCCCGGAAGAAGUUCCUGCAGGACCGAGAGAACAGCAGCGACAGCAGCGACAGCGAGGAUGGCAGCUCAGACACGGUGUCUGACAUCUCGGUCAGGAGGCACCGCCGCUUCGAAAGGACUUUGAACAAGAACGUGUUCACCUCAGCCGAGGAGCUGGAGCGUGCCCAGCGGCUGGAGGAGCGGGAGCGCAUCAUCAGGGAGAUCUGGAUGAAUGGCCAGCCCGAGGUUCCCGGGACCAGGAGCUUGAACCGCUACUACUAG